GCCCCCUCAGCUGUAGCCCAGCCGGCUUCAGCGUCGCCGCCAUCUUUGUUGAUGUGUCAGCUCCGUGGGGGCUUGGGGAUUCCGCGGCUUAGGGAGGGAGGCGUCGGCUCUGUUUCUUACAGCGGUCUUUUCCUCCCACUCCUGGCUGGUCGGACCCCGCUAUGGAAAAGUUGGCCCCUGAGCCAGAGCUCCAGCGGCCUCGUUAGGGUGUGGCCUGAGGCUUGGAGAAGGAGGAAAGAGGCCUGGAUUUGGAGUCAGAACAUCUGGAUUAGAAUCAUUCUUUCACUUGAUAAUCUUGUUACCUAUGGGAAUCAGAAGAGAGAAUAUAGUAAAAAUAUGCAGUACAGUCCCAGUCCCAGAUGUAAACGAAGAUCAGGAGCAGAUUUGAAGUACAAAGUGAAUUGGUGCCAGUCAGCAUGUCAGAGACAGACCUCAUAGCCUCUACUUCCUCUGAUAAGAAUGUUGGGAAAACAUCUGAAUUAAAGGAAGACUCAUGCAAUUUGUUUUUUGGCGAUGAAAGGAGCAAAUUAGAAAAUGAGUGUAAACUGUUGUCACUAAACUUUGAUAAAACUUUAUGUCAACCUAAUGAGCAUAAUAAUCCAAUUGAAGCCCAGGAAAUUUAUAUUCCAGAUCAUGGUGGAGGUGAGGAUUCUUAUGCCAAAACAGACAUAGGCCCAGAAAAUUCUGAACAAAUAUCCAAUUUUCCUAGAGGAAAUUUUGCUAAACAAGUUUCAAAAACAAAUGAAACAGAACAGAAAGUAACACAAAUAUUGGUGGAAUUAAGGUCAUCUACAUUUCCAGAAUCAGCUAAUGAAAAGACUUAUUCAGAAAGCCCAUAUGAUACAGACUGCACCAAGAAACUUAUUUCAACAAUAAAGAGAGUUUCAACAUCAGAGGAUUUGCUGGAAGAAAUAGAAUCUGAGCUCUUAUCUACAGCAGAGUUUGCAGAACAUCGAGUACCAAAUGGAAUGAAUAAGGGAGAACAUGCAUUAGUUCUGUUUGAAAAGUGUGUGCAAGACAAAUACUUGCAGCAGGAACAUACCAUAAAAAAGUUAAUUAAAGAAAAUAAGAAGCAUCAGGAGCUCAUCGUAGACAUUGGUUCAGAAAAAGACAAUUUAAGAGAAGAACUAAAAAAAAGAACAGAAACAGAGAAGCAGCAUAUGAACACAAUUAAACAGUUAGAAUCAAGAAUAGAAGAACUUAAUAAAGAAGUUAAAGCUUCCAAAGACAAACUAGUAGCUCAAGACAUUGCAGCUAAAAAUGCAGUUCAGCAAUUACACAAAGAGAUGGCCCAACGGUUGGAACAGACAUUUUACCCCUUCCUAAAGGUAACUACUGAUGCCAGUUUCCUGUCCUUCAAUACCUAUCUCAAGUAUAGCAUCUUUUACCCUUCCUGCCAACUCCUCCCAGGGAAUGCCAACAAGAAAUGUGAAGAGGCACGCCAAGAAAAAGAAGCAAUGGUAAUGAAGUAUGUAAGAGGCGAGAAGGAAUCUUUAGACCUUCGAAAGGAAAAAGAGACACUUGAGAAAAAACUUAGAGAUGCAAAUAAGGAAUUUGAGAAAAACACUAAUAAAAUUAAGCAGCUUUCUCAGGAGAAAGGACGGUUGCACCAGCUGUAUGAAACUAAGGAAGGUGAAACAACUAGACUCAUCAGAGAAAUAGACAAAUUAAAAGAAGACAUUAACUCUCACAUCAUCAAAGUAAAGUGGGCACAAAACAAAUUAAAAGCUGAAAUGGAUUCACACAAGGAAACCAAAGAUAAACUCAAAGAAACAACAACAAAGUUAACACAAGCAAAGGAAGAAGCAGAUCAGAUACGAAAAAACUGUCAGGAUAUGAUAAAAACAUAUCAGGAGUCAGAAGAAAUUAAAUCAAAUGAGCUCGAUGCAAAGCUUAGAGUCACAAAAGGAGAACUUGAAAAACAAAUGCAAGAAAAAUCUGACCAGCUAGAGAUGCAUCAUGCCAAAAUAAAGGAACUAGAAGAUCUGAAGAGAACAUUUAAGGAGGGUAUGGAUGAGUUACGAACACUGAGAACAAAGGUGAAAUGUCUAGAAGAUGAACGGUUAAGAACAGAAGAUGAAUUAUCAAAAUACAAGGAAAUUAUUAAUCGCCAAAAAGCUGAAAUUCAGAAUUUAUUAGACAAAGUGAAAAUUGUAGAUCAGCUACAAGAGCAGCUUCAAAGAGGUAAACAAGAAAUUGAAAAUUUGAAGGAAGAAGUGGAAAGUCUUAAUUCUUUGAUUAAUGACCUACAAAAAGACAUUGAAGGCAGUAGGAGAAGAGAAUCUGAACUACUACUGUUUACAGAAAGGCUCAGUAGUAAGAAUGCACAGCUUCAGUCUGAAUCUAAUUCUUUGCAGUCACAAUUUGAUAAACUUUCCUGUAGUGAAAGUCAAUUACAAAGCCAGUGUGAACAAAUGAAACAGACAAAUAUUAAUUUGGAAAGUAGGUUGUUUAAAGAGGAAGAACUGCGAAAAGAGGAAGUGCAAACUCUGCAAGCUGAACUCACUUAUAGACAAACAGAAGUGAAAGCAUUGAGUACCCAGGUAGAAGAAUUAAAAGAUGAGUUAGUAACUCAAAGACGUAAACAUGCCUCUAGUAUCAAGGAUCUUACCAAACAACUUCAGCAAGCACGAAGAAAGUUAGAUCAGGUUGAGAAUGGAAGCUAUGAUAAAGAAGUCAGCAGCAUGGGAAGUCGUUCCAGUUCAUCAGGGUCCCUGAAUGCUCGAAGCAGUGCAGAAGAUCGAUCUCCAGAGAAUACUGGGUCCUCAGUAGCUGUGGAUAACUUUCCACAAGUAGAUAAGGCCAUGUUGAUUGAGAGGAUAGUUAGGCUGCAAAAAGCACAUGCCCGGAAAAAUGAAAAGAUAGAAUUUAUGGAGGACCACAUCAAACAACUGGUGGAAGAAAUUAGGAAAAAAACAAAAAUAAUCCAAAGUUAUAUUUUACGGGAAGAAUCAGGCACACUUUCUUCAGAGGCAUCUGAUUUUAACAAAGUUCAUUUAAGUAGACGGGGUGGCAUCAUGGCUUCUUUAUAUACAUCCCAUCCAGCUGACAGUGGAUUAACAUUGGAACUCUCUUUGGAGAUCAACCGAAAAUUACAGGCUGUUUUGGAGGAUACAUUACUAAAAAAUAUUACUUUGAAGGAAAAUCUGCAAACACUUGGAACAGAAAUAGAACGUCUUAUUAAGCACCAGCAUGAACUGGAACAGAGGACCCAAAAAACCUAAUAGAAGCCUCUUGCUCAGUAAACAGACAAAAGUCACACCAGGAGUAGAUGCCACUGACCACUAUUGUUGGAAACUCUCUUCCACUUUAUGUUUCAGCCAGUAAAAAUUUGUUUUGCUUCAUCUGUACACAAAAGUUUCCUUUUACAAUAUGAAUGCAUUGCUGUAUAUAUUGUAAGACUGAAAGCUUUGAUGAAAUUUGUUUUUGUAUGGUGCAAUAUAACAGCCUGUCAUUGAAUCUCAACAACUUUAUUUACUUAUAUUCAUAUGAAGUGUUGAACAUUACAAGGGCUUUUAUAAAACCCUUUGUUCAUAUUUCUUCCCUUUAAAAUAUGAUGUCAAAAAUGACUCACCUUUUAAAAAUUAUGCAUGAAAAGACAGGUGGUAAGCAUUCAGUAAUAUGCUGUUUGUCCAACAUCAAGACAACUAAAAAAAAUGAUAAAAAGUUUUGUUUUACAUUCCAGCAAAACAUUGAGUGAGUUUUAGGGAUACAUAUGAAAACUUAAAUCUUUUAAUUUCAAUUUUAAUGAAAGCUGAACUUGAUAGGAAAGCUAGCUGUUGGUAACUAGCAAUGAUCAAGCAUUGUUUGCCUCUGUCAGGUUUUCUUAUCUGUUUGGGGGAUGUUUUUUCAGAUUCUGGUUGUUUGAGUUAAUGGGUGAAUUUUUAAAGUUUUUAAUUACUUAAAAUAUUAUUUUAAAUUAUAUAUGAAUUUAGAAAAUUCCUGUGGCAUUUACUUAUAUUUUAAAUUGUGAAAUGGAUUCAGUCAUUAGAGCAGAGAGAUGAAUAGUUCUUUGAAACUGAAAUGCUUUAGUUUUACUGAUACUGUGUAAAGAUAGAUAUUUAUGAAGAACCAUUUUCUAAGAGAAACCAGCAUAUGGCACUAUUAACUAUUUCAUUUGAGCACCAUUCUUUGCUAUUGAUAUAUUACUUAUGUAUUAUAAUGGAGUGACCAUAUAGGUCCCCCAAAUGUGAUGUUUCAAUAUAUUUAUUUGAAACAUAAAGUCGGCGAGAUGCAAUAGCUCACACCUGUAAUGCCACCACUUUGGGAGACCAAGGCAGGAGGAUCACUUGAGGCCAGGAAUUUAAGAACAGCCUUGGCAACAUAGCAAGACCCUCAUCUCUACGAAGAAAUUUUAAAAAGUUAUCCAGGCUUGGUGGUACAUGCUUGUAGUUCCAGCUACUUGGGAGGCUGAGGCGAUAGGAUCACUUGAGCCCAGGAGGUCAAGGCUACAGGUGAGCCAUGAUCAUGCCACUGCACUCCAGCACGAGCAACAGAACAAGACCCUGUCUCUUAAAAGACCUCACACAUACCUAAAAUAAGUAUAUCUCUGUAACCAAAGGAACUUAAUUUUAGAUUCAAUUUUUUCUAUCUUGUUGAAUUUUUUACAAUAUUUAAGAAAUACACUUAAGUGUUGCCAUAGUAUCACUAUUUCUAUGUCAUUGAAUUUUUUCUCACCCCUUAUUAUUUCUCACUUAUAAUUUCUGAGUAUGAGUUUUCAUAUUUUAUUAUUUUCAGAUCAUUAAUAAGAUACUUUGGCUCUUGUGCAGAUAUUGCAGCAAGCCUUGUUUGGUUUGGAUUUUUGCUUUCCUUUUUCUCCCACUAAGGGAAUUAAGUUUUGAGAUGAUGGAUUAAAACCCUGUGAAGAAUUGUAUGGGCUCUAAAAGUUGGGCUCAUGGUGGCAAUAUCCUUUUAAUGUGUUUUAACAUUUUUAAAUCAACUUAGCAUUGUUUAAAAAGAUAAUUUACUAAGGAUUAGAUUAUUUAAUGAAUUUUUUUCCUAUAUAUUGAGUUAGAUGUUAUCCCAAAACCAGUAUCUUUUCACUUCAAAAUGAAAAUAUAUGUUCAAAGAUAUUUUAUUUUUAGAAUAGUUCUAAAAAGUAUUAAUCUUAAUAUGUCUUGUUUUUUACCAAUAAUAAUUUAUCAAAAUAAGGGAAAGUGCAAUCAGAUCUGAAUUAUUUUACCACAUUUCUAGACAUACUACUUAACACUCCUGAAGACUACUUUGAGUAGGCAGUAUAACUAAAUUUUUCUGGUUUCUUAUAAUACAGGUUCAUAAACUAAAAUUUUUUUUUUCCCCCCAAGGCACAAAAUGUAUAAUGGAGACCAAAUUGUGAUCAGAUCCAUAGUGUCAUAUGCCUGUACACUUUAAAAUAUAUAUACAGUUUAAACAAAAAUGCACAUUCCAGUAUUAAUAUUUGUGCUACCAUCUACAAACAAUAUUUUGACUUUAUUACCUUUUUCCCUUUAAAGGUUAGAAACUUUUUUUGAAGAAAAUGCUUUAGUUUCCUUUUGUUCUUCAGUGUCUACUGUGUGCUUUUGAAUAUGGAUCAGGACUGAGCAAAGUAAUCUACAUAGAUCAGAGAUAACCUAUCUCUGUACUGAUUCACAGACAGCUCCUGAUGUAAGGAUUUAGAGGGCCUUCUCCCAUCUGAAUGAACAUAUGGUGAGAAGAAUGGGGUGUCGGAAAAGGAAAAUGAUCUGGAUAAAUCUGAGACCUGGCGGGGGGGAGGUUUGUUUUAUUUGUUCAUUAUUAGUUAUACAUAUCAAAGGCUGUUUUGGUUAGUUAGCAAUAUUUUGGUUUCUUUGAGAUUUUUUCUGUGUAUGUAUAUGUAUACACGUCAGUAGUUUUAAUUUUGAAGUGAAUACUUGCCGUGAUUUCAUUUUCCCCUUACCACUUCAGAUGUUAGCCUGUUCAUUUUUAAGGAUCUUAAAAUGGUAGAUUUGGGCAGAAGACUGAAUUUGAACUUUCAUGGUGGCUUUUUGUUUUUACAUUCUAUCUUCGUAACCAUUUAAAGCGAUGUAGCUUGAAAUUCAGUUUUAUCAGGCUACCAACAUGUUAUUUAUUUAUUUAAUAAACACAUUGAUUGAAAACCUAUACUAUUGUAUUGGCACCGUACAGGGUAUUGCGUUUAUACUAAUGAGCAGACCAGACAGGGCAUUUCCAUCCUCAUGGAGCUUAUGGUCUAAUGAAAAUAUCUGGGGCCAGGUGUGGUGGCUCACACCUAUAAUACCAGCACUUUGGGAGGCUGAGGUGGGAGGAUUGCUUGAGCCCAGGAGUUUUGAGACCAGCCUGGGCAACAUAGCAAAACCCCAUGUCUACAAAAGAUACAAAAAAUUAGCCAGAUGCAGUGGCACAUACCUGUAGUCCCAGCUACCCAGGAGGCUGAAUUGGGAGAAUCAUCUGAGCUUGGGAGGUUGAGGCUUGCAGUGAGCUAUGACUGCCGCUAUACUUCAGCUUGGGUAACAGAGCGAGACCAUGUCUCAAAAAAAAAAAAAAGGAAAGGAAAUAGCUGGAAGACAAUCAGAGCAGGUCUUGGGCCUCUGUGGCUUCUCAGCCCUUUUAACUAGGCUGAGAAGAGGGUUUAUCUACUUGUGCAAGUGGCCCAGAAAUCUCACUCUUACAUGAGGCUUUGGAAAAUCCUUUCAAAGGUACGCUGAGAGCAAAUUACUGUUUUCCUGGUCGUUCUGCACAUUUCCUAACUUUUUGUCACAAUUUGGUGUUUUAUUUUUAUUUUGAGACAGAGCCUCACUCUGUCACCAGGCACCAGGCUGGAGUGCAGUGGCACAAUCUUGGCUCCCUACAACCUCCACCUCCUGGGUUCAUGCAAUUCCCCUGCCUCAGCCUCCUGAGUAGCUGGAACUACAAGGUGCGCGACACUACGCCCAGCUAAUUUUUGUAUUUUUUGGUAGAGACGGGGUUUCACCAUAUUGGCCAGGAUGGUCUCAAUCUCUUGACCUCGUCAUCUGCCUGCCUCAGCCUCCCAAAGUGCUGGGAUUACAGGCUUGAGCCGCCGCGCCCAGCCCCGAUGUUUAUUAUUAUUUAAGAUAAAAGAAAAAUCCAAAGACCAUAAAAUGGCAUUCGAUUUUUUUACCAUUUUAUUAAAUUAUUAAUGCCUAUUUGGUGCUCAUAAAGAUUAAUCAUGUCAUGCAUGUUUCCAAACUUUCUUUUGCGAUAUAUUAUUUUCUACAAAUUGUUACAUGCAAAUUUAAACCAAGAUAGUAAAAGAAAAAAAAAAUAGAAUCCUUAAUAAUGUAAAUGUUAUUAUUCUGCUACCCAGGUGAAAAUAUUUUUAUAAAUCAUACUGUCAUUUUUGCUUUAUGAAUGUUGACUCCAGUAGCCUAUUUUUUGAUAACUUUUUUUUCAAAAGCAGGUUUUUUUGACACCAAAAUUGUUCAUUUUUAACUAACACCCGUUGGUGGCACUAGAAACCUGAACUUUUUCAAGGAUGAAGAAAGAAAUAAUUGAAAAGGUAAUCUAAAUGUGGAGAAUUUUCAGGAAAAUAAAUGAAAAAUAUAAUUGUAUAUUAAAGGUGUAUUUUUCUUCUGGAAUGGAAUUCUUUUUUAAAAAUGCAAGUGGCUAUCCAUUUUGACUGCAAUGAUGAAACUUGUUUAACUUCCAGAGGAUGUGUGUGUGUGUGUGUGUGUGUGUGUGUGUGUGUGUAUUAUACAGAUAAUCUUUAAUUUGAUUACAUUGUUCAUUUUGUAAAUAUAUUUGUAUAAAAUGAAGCUUUUCAAGAGGAUUCUAUGUAUAUAUUGUACUUAUUAAAUAGGUAAUGCCUGUUUACCAA